AUGUUCGAGUUGGUGACCUACGCCUACAACGGCGUCCUCACGGCAGUUUACCGCGGCUUUAAAAUACAGAAGGAAACGCCCAAGACACUCACGGACCCCGGCACCUUUCUCGCCGGAGCGGUCGCCGGCGGCCUCGGUCGCGUGGCAGCACUGCCGUGUGACCAAGGGGGUCCAAAGGGCAUCAUGCAGACUGUGGGCCGCCGCAUGCCGCAAUUCGGUUUCCUUAUGAUGUUCUACUGUCCUAUAGCUCACAAGCUACUCCCCGGGCUCGAGGAGGACCCGUUGUCAAAGAUGCUGACCACCUUCAUGGUUGGCGCAUUUGCCGGGGUCAACAUGCGCGUGGUGUGCAACCCCAUCUCGCGCGUCAUGGAUGAGAGCCGCCGCACUGGCAAGUCGCCCAUCGACGCUGCCCGCUUAAUGAAGAACAAGACGAUUUUGCAGUUCUGGUACACGACGCCGAAUCUGAUCGCGAACGCCAUGUACUUUGGCACGCUCUUCACGGUCUUUGAAGGCCUGCGUCGUUUUCACGAGCGCAACUUUGCACCGAUUGUGCAGAACGAGUCUGCCGAGGAGGCGUUUGCGGUGGGGGAAGGGAUACAGGAGCAGCCUGUUGGACAGCGUACGCGCCACCGCAGGCCUGCAGUGGUGGACCAUAACUGGAACUGGGAGAACUACACCACUACGGUGGCCUCAAACUUUGUCUUAGGUGGGGCGGCGGCGACCGUGGCUUCUACCGUGUGCUACCCUCUUAGUGCACAUCAGUACAUGCAGACCGUGAUUCACGACUCGGCCAUCUGCCGCGGGCUCACACCAACGUUGCUGAAGGAGGUGCCGAUGAUGGCCGUCAUGUUCGGCGCGUUCUCUGCCAUCCAGCCUCUCUUGGCGCCGCGUCACGGUGUGCGGUGCGGCUUCGGCUACUAA